UGCGGAGCGUGAUGAACGGUGUUUCUAAUUCACGUUGUGUGUCGUGUGUGUAGCCUGUGAUCACGGUUAAAUAGCGAAUAUCGACCGGCGCGCAAACACCGGCUCGUAAUCCACCCGGAUGAAUAUAUGGAGGCUAUUAAUUGCAGGUUUGCAAGUAAUCGAUCGAGGUGCGAGGUGGGAUCGCGGCGUGUCGGCCACGGUAGGGGGGAGGAGGGGGAGGUGUGCGUGACGGAUCAUGGCGGCGCGGGGGGCCGCGCCCCGCCGCCCUCGUUAAACGCGCCCGCCGGAUACACGGCGGCGGUUGAAAGCUAUCCGGCCCCCGAGCGGGCGGCGCCGGGAUUGGCCGCCGCCGAGCGCGCGUCGUAACCGAUAGCCAAUCGCGCGCCGCGCGCUCGCCCGCCCUCCGGCGGGGCGCGCUGCGGGCUCACAACGCGCGCGACGUCGCGCACACUCGCACCGAUGCGCGGCUCCUGGGACGAGUCCACGACGGCGGCGCUGCACGCGCGCAUCCUGGAGGCGCACCGCGGGCCCGCGGCGGCCGACCGCGCCGCCGAGCCCGCCGGCUGCGCCGAGCCCCCGCUGCCGCUCAGCGUGGAGCUGGCGGCGCCCACGCCGCUGCUGCCGCUGCCCACGUUAUCCUUCAGCGCGGCGCAGGUCGCCACCGUCUGCGAAACGCUCGAAGAAUCUGGAGAUGUCGAACGACUGGCGCGAUUUCUCUGGUCCCUGCCGGUCGCACAUCCGAAUGUCGCCGAGUUGGAGCGCUGCGAGGCCGUGCUGCGCGCGCGCGCCGUCGUCGCCUUCCACGCCGGCCGCCACCGGGAACUCUACGCCAUACUAGAACGGCAUCGCUUCCAGCGCUCGAGCCACGCCAAACUACAAGCUCUAUGGCUGGAAGCGCACUAUCAAGAAGCCGAGAGGCUGCGAGGGCGCCCGCUCGGGCCCGUAGACAAAUACAGAGUCCGCAAGAAGUUUCCUCUUCCGCGAACCAUAUGGGACGGAGAACAGAAGACGCAUUGUUUUAAAGAGCGGACGAGGUCGCUUCUACGAGAGUGGUACCUCCAAGACCCGUACCCAAAUCCAACAAAAAAGCGGGAGUUAGCUGCGGCGACGGGGUUGACGCCAACGCAGGUGGGCAACUGGUUCAAGAACCGGCGGCAGCGGGAUCGCGCCGCCGCCGCUAAAAACCGCUCGGCGCUGCUCGGCCGCGGGUUCGCAUCCUCCUCCACCUACGACGAGGACUCCGCCGACUCGGAGAUCAACGUCGACGAGGAGUAACAGACUGAUAGUGUUAACACGUGAUUUCGUACGAAGAUUUUAUAAAGACUCAACGCAAUAUGGACGAGAUAAUUAUGUUAGUUAGAUUCACAGAGUCCGUGGUCUAUGUGACGUUAAGGCGAUGUAAACCAGUUUAUUAGGGUCUCAUUCUGUCGUUGAAAGUGUAAAGAGAGUGCUUGCGGUUAUAUCUUGCGGCUCUGCGUAUCAGGUAUGUACCUAUUAUUUUUAGUAAAUUAAAUUGCGCCUCUUUGAGAAAGUGAAUUAGUAGAUUAUUUACGCACAAUGUAUGAAACGUCACAUUGUGCUCUCGUGAGGUUAACAGGGUUAAUUUAAUUAUAUUUUGAGUGUUAUACUCAUUAUCCUUCUAAAAGGCUAAGUAUUUAUUUAUUUUCCUGCGGGCACUGUCGAAUAGGAAAUACUCUCUUAUUAACGCCUUUGCAGAAGCAUUUACUUACCUAAAAUAUUUAUAUAUGUAUCUUUUACCAAUAAAUAUAGAUUUUAUUUAUCGUAACAGCUUUUAGUUGUAUGUUAUAGUUAUUACGAAGAAUGUAGAUAUGAUUUAGACUAAUAUUAACGCCUAAAGUCGGGUUGACGAGUACCUGAGCGCGCAUCAUAUCAUAUCACUCAAUCUAAUUCGUUAGUUCAAUUUAAAUGUUAAUAAAUUUUGUGAUCUUUAGAUUAAUUUGCUUAUUGGGCAGAAAAGUCCAGUUUAGAAGUGCUGUAA